UCGGGCAGCCGUCAGCCGUCGGUCGGCUGACGUCAGACUUGGAUACUUGUAAGGAUAACUCUCAUAAUAGAACAAAUAAGGUUUAUUAGUUGACAACCGAAUAUUUCCAUACAACUCCUCCAUUAAUUGGAGAUUAAAGGUACACAGAUUGCUUCAUUUGCGAUCUUUUCACAACUCUCUAUAUCAUAUAUAUUUUUCCCACUGGAAAUUCAACAGCGGUACUACAUUUUCUACGCGGGUGUCCCUACAAACAUCGUUCAGAAUGUGCGACAGAAUACAUGGAACCCGUGAACCUGGCUGUGACACUGACUGACCUCUGAGUCAUCCCCCCUCUGCGCGUAUCUUCCUCAAACGUGGCAUAAGUGACAUCGGCAUACAGUUCCAGAACCACUAAAUUCAGGGUUUGGAUUGAGGCGAUUGUCUUCCAAACUUCAAGAAUGGGUCUUUGUAAAUGCCCCAAGAGAAAAGUCACCAACUUGUUUUGUUUUGAGCACCGUGUGAAUGUUUGCGAGCAUUGUUUAGUCGCAAAUCAUCCGAAGUGCAUCGUCAAGUCUUACCUACAGUGGCUACAAGACAGCGACUAUGACAUCAGAUGCAGCCUGUGCCUCAAAGAACUUGCCGAUGGAGAUGUUGUAAGGUUACUGUGCUACGAUGUGUUCCAUUGGGCCUGUCUAGACGAAUACGCCCGCCAACUUCCCCCGCACACGGCUCCAGCAGGCUACACGUGCCCCUCCUGCAAUAAUGGUAUCUUCCCCCCGAGCAACAUGGUAUCUCCCGUCGCCGGGGUCCUCCGCGAGACCCUGUCCAGAGUCAACUGGGCGAGGACAGGCUUGGGGCUUUGUCUUAUCGAUGAACCACAACAGCCUGCGCAGCAGCGUUUGCAAGAGCCCGUCGAGGAGCUGUACAAAUCCGCGGAGAGCAGCUACAGUGACCCCACUCCAUCGUCCAGCAUGACCGAGGUGGACAGCGCUGCGUACAGGCCCGCUGCUACCACAGGGGUACAGGCCAGGACAACAAGUACUAAUAUUGUCAACAUCGACAGCACAACGCCACUUCUAAAGCCGGAGACGUUGUCCAGUGGUCAGCUCCCAACAGCUCACAAGAGACAAGGGGGGACUCGGGAUGAUGAGAUUGUGGACAUUAUCCAAGACCACGACGUAGACAAGUACAAGAGGAGGAGUGCUUUCCAUUGGUUUGCAAGGUGGUUCAAGACGCGCACAGGGAAACGAAGCACAGAUGCCAGCACGCCGAUGCGACGCUACGCCAUCCUCCUCAUCCUCGGUGUGAUUGCCUUCUUCACCAUCGUUGUCAUCAUGACGCAGGCAGGCCGGGCCUCGGCCAAUGCGGACCCAUUCCUGGACCCCAUGGCCAACCCCAACAUCAGGGUGGGAAGGAAGAUACUGGGGCUGGGUCACCUCCAGCUCGGCUCAUAGUAAAUCUAAAAGGACCACGGCUAAGGGAAAUCAAACUGUUUAAGACCACUUUUUUUAAAAUAGAAUCUGUCAAAAAUAUUUCAAGGAUCAAGCCAACUGACCCCAAAAAGCUUGGUGGUACAGUGGUUUGGACCUCUUCACCAUAAAACAUUUGAUGUGGGUUCGAGUCCAACCGGAGCAAGCUUAGUUUUUUUCUUCCAAGUUCUUAGGUAGCACAAAGUAUAUAGUGCUUAUAAAUUAAGUUUAUGAAGGACAAAAUCAUAUCAAAGAAUGCAACCUCAAAUUGUUGGACCCAGUUGGCCGAAAGAGUUGAUGCAGGCCCGAAAUAUUUUUCGACAAACUUUUUGUUCUCCACUUCCAUGCCCAAUAUCUUUCUGUGGUCACUCCGGUACAAGUUAAAUUUAAACCAACAACUUUCUAAAUGAGAAAUAUUUAAACCUUUCAAUUUUUUGGGUGUGAUCUUGUGCCUGUCUGGGAAACGGAUCCUCAAUAGAUUUUUUUAAGUGUUCUUUGUUUCUUUUUGACUUCAGGGUCUUCUGAAAUUUCAAAAACUUUUUCUGUCUGGUUUGCUUCUUUUAGUCCCCCCCCCUCCUUUUUUAUAAAAUGUUAAAGAAAAAACACAUAAAAAGUAUGGUGAAGGACAAAGCCUUGUAUUGAAAAUAAAAGUUAUUGUUAAUAAUCUGAUAAAUAACUUAAAACUAAUCAGAAAGAAGUUAUCUGUGGUUUUCCAUUCACAAAUGCUUUCUUCCCCUGCUUUGCUUGUGAUGUUCAUUCAGCGUCACUGCCAUAGUGUUUAAGUUAUUUGCCUCAGAUUUGCUGAAACAGGAUAGUGAGAUAGCACAUUGCUAUGGAGACAACAUCACUUGGUCUGUGUUUGCAAAUUUAGUUGUAUGUGUUUACUUCUUUUUUUUUUCAAUACUUUUGUCAAAAUAAUUAACUGUGAGUUAUUUGCGGCACUAUGGCUA